UAUUUAAUCGCAGUUCCGCGUACCACGCUUCCUUGUUACUGACGAUUUUACUAAAAUUCUUGUAUUGUUUUUCUUUUUUUAUUUUGUCGUUAUUUUCUUUGUAAGGAUUCUUUAUUUUCAGACUCUCUCCUUUUCUACAGUUUGACGUUAAAGUUGUGCUGGACAAAGAUGCCUUUCAGUCUCUUCCAGCGUCCUUGGUCUUCUGAUGCCAGAUUAGAUGACAAAACUGUAGUCGUCACAGGUGCCAACACUGGGAUUGGUAAAGAAACAGCACUUGAUCUGGCAAAGCGAGGGGCAAAGGUCAUCAUGGCAUGCAGAGACAUGGAAAAAGCUGAGGCUGCUGUGAAAGAAGUCAUUGAACAAUCUGGCAAUCAAAAUGUCACUUGCAUGAAGCUGGACUUGGCCAACAGCAAGUCGAUCAGAGAAUUUGCUGAAGCAAUCAACACAGGAGAAACCAAACUGAACAUCCUGAUCAACAAUGCCGGUGUGAUGGUUUGCCCUUACGGGAAAACAGCAGAUGGCUUUGAAAUGCAGAUCGGUGUCAAUCACUUUGGGCACUUCCUGUUGACCCAUUUGUUGAUUGACCUGAUUAAGAAGUCUGCACCAGCCAGGAUCGUCACAGUGUCUUCAUGGGCUCACACAUGGGGUAGCAUCAACCUGGAAGACAUAAAUAGUGAGAAGAGCUACAACAAGAGGUGGGCCUACUCCCAGAGCAAGCUGGCCAAUGUUCUCUUCACUCGCUCACUGGCCAAGAAGCUUGAAGGUACUGGUGUGACAACCUAUGCUCUCCACCCUGGGCUUGUCCAGACUGAGUUAUGGCGUCACAUGAACCCCUUUCAGCGUGCUGUAAUGACCGUGGUUAGUCCCUUCACCAAAAAUUCUGUCCAGGGAGCCCAGACGUCCAUCUAUUGCGCUGUAGAGCCCAAACUGGAGAAAGAAAGCGGUGGAUACUACAGUGAUUGUGCACCUGCUAACUGCUCAACGGCUGCCAAAGACGACAACCUGGCGCAGAAGUUGUGGGAUCUGAGCUGUCAGAUGCUGUCUAUUACGUGGGACUAAUUUAACUUUGCCCUGGAGAGAUCAAAGACUGUCACACUAACACAGCCUGCCUGAAAAUCUUUUUUUUUUUUUUUUUUUCUUGCAACGUGAUUUACAAAUGUUGAGUCUUUAACACCUUGAUCUUAAAUAUGCAGUUUGUCAGUGGUGCUACACUGAUGCUUCAUAAUAACUGGAAAUGAUGAAAGCACUUUUUAAAAUGUAAUUUCUAAUAAAGCAUUUUCUCUCUUGUC